CGAAAAUAUUCUCUGAAAUUUUGGCGGUAAAAUGUCUGGGAAAGGAGCAAAAGGUUUGCUAACGGGGAAAACAAACGUAUUAUCCAACAAGGACAAAGACAAGAAGAAGCCGACCACUCGCUCUUCACGCGCCGGUCUCCAGUUUCCGGUGGGUCGAGUUCACCGGCUUCUGAAGACGAGAGUGGCUGCUAACGGAAGAGUUGGAGCAACGGCAGCUGUUUACACGGCGGCUAUACUAGAGUAUCUGACGGCGGAGGUGCUUGAGUUAGCCGGUAACGCAAGCAAGGAUUUGAAAGUGAAACGUAUAACGCCAAGACAUUUACAGCUUGCGAUAAGAGGAGAUGAAGAACUUGACACGCUUAUAAAAGGAACGAUUGCUGGUGGUGGAGUUAUCCCUCACAUUCACAAGUCACUCAUCAACAAAUCUUCCAAAGAGUAAAAAACUAAAACAAUAUAUAUCAUAGUUGAUAGCUUGAAAACUUGAAAACUUGGAAAUUCUAUCUAUCUAUCUCUUGUGUUUGUGGUGA